CUCCCCAUCCAACGGCCCCGAUCUCCCUCGUCGCAAACAUAAAUAUAAAAUUUAGAAAAGCCGGCGAUCCUUCCAAGUUCCGGCCUUUGCCUCGUCUCUCCCAGCUCACACCUCACAAAACUUGUCGCACGCAACGCCGAAUCGGUGUUAUAAAUGUUCUCUCCCCUCGCCCUGCCAACCAAAUAGAAAAGGUUUUGGCCUUUGGUUCUUGGUUCCACACGCCUUCCAUGGCAAUCUCUUCCUUCAAUCUCCCUCGUCCCUCUCGUCCCCCUCUUCUCCCCACUCCCUCCGAUUCCGACGUCGUUCGUUCCCUUCUUCGGCUCUCGCGAGAGAUCUCCCUCUUCGAGCACCCCAAAUCACUCCAAAAUCGAAACUUUUCAUCAAUUGCUCGCAAAUCGAAGCUGUUGGCGGUGUUCUUCGAGGAGCUCCUCCGCGAUCCCGCCCCCGAGCUUCCCCGAUCCACAUCCCUUUGUCUCAAAGAGAUUCUUCUCGUUUUUCAGCGGUUCAAGGCUUUGCUAGGCGAUUGCUCCACCCGGAGCCGGAUGCGGCUUCUCCUACAGGCCGAGAGCGUCGCCAACGAGUUCCAUGAGCUCACCCUCGAGCUGUCUACUCUGCUGGAUAUUCUUCCCCUGGCUGAGCUUGAUGUGGGUGAGGAUGUGAAGGAUCUGGUGGAUCUGGUCCGCCGCCAGUGCCGCCGGUCGGUGGCUGCCGUGGAUCCGGCGGAGGCGGCGCUCCGUGGCGAGAUUCUUGACAUCAUCCGCGAGAUCGAGCGGGAGAUCGUCCCCGACCGGUCCAAGCUGGAGGCGUUGUUCGAAAGAUUGGGGCUGGACGAUUCCCGGAGCUGCCGCAGCGAGAUCGAGUCGCUGGAGGGCGAGAUCGGCGACCGCGUCGCCGAGAAAUGGACGGCGGAGAUGAUCGCCCUCGUCGGCCUCGUCCGCUACGCUAAGUGCGUCCUCUACGGCGCCUCCACCCCGAGAUCGGAGUCCGCCGGAAAACUUAGCUUCUCGGCGACGGAUCUUGCCGUCCCCGCCGACUUCCGGUGCCCGAUCUCGCUCGAGUUGAUGCGGGAUCCCGUCGUGGUGGCGACCGGGCAGACGUACGAUCGGGAGUCCAUCAGCCGGUGGAUCACCUCCGGUCACGCCACCUGUCCCAAGACCGGCCAGGCCCUCGCCCACACCAACUUGAUCCCCAACAGGGGCCUCAAGAAUUUGAUCUCCCAGUGGUGCCGCGAGCAGCACGUGCCGUUCGACGGCGCCGAGCCCGGGAACGGCGGCGAGGCCAACGCCGUGAGCGCCAACAAGGCCGCCCUCGAGGCGGCGAGGAUGACGGCGUCCUUCCUCGUCCAGAAACUCGCCGCCUCGCCGUCCACGGAGGCGGCGAACCGCGUCGUCCACGAGCUCCGCCAGCUGGCCAAAUCCGGAUCCGAUAACCGCGCCUUCGUCGCGGAGGCCGGCGCCAUUCCGUUACUCCUCCCCCUGUUCCGUUCGGAAGACCGAGGCCUCCAAGUUAACGCCGUUACGGCUUUGCUCAACCUCUCCAUCCUGGAAGCCAACAAGAAGCGGAUCAUGCACGCGGACGGCGUCGUUGACGGCAUUAUCGACGUGAUGGCGAGCGGCGCCACGUGGCGGGCGAAGGAGAACGCGGCCGCCACGAUCCUGAGCCUGUCCUCCGUCCAUGCCUACCGCAGGCGAUUGGGCCGCAAUCCACGUGUCAUCGAGCAACUGGUCAUUCUCGUCAAAGCGGGGCCCACCAGCACGAAAAAAGACGCGCUGGCCGCGAUUUUGAGCUUGGCCGGAGACCGGGAGAAUAUUUCACGGUUGGUCGAGGGCGGCGUGGUGGAGGCGGCGCUGGAGACGAUCAAGGCGGCGGAGGUGGCGGCGGAGGCGGUGGCGGUUCUCGCAGCUGUGGCGAAGAGGGGCGGCGCCGAGGCGGUGGGUGAGGCGCACGGGUCCAUCUCCAAGUUGGUACGGGUUCUGAGGCGCGGGUCGGACUGGGCGAGGGAGAGCGCGGCCGCGGCGCUGGUGCAGGUCUGCCGGCGAGCUUGUGGCUCCGCGGUGGCGGAGCUGGCUGCGACGCCGGGAAUCGAAUGGGUGAUAUGGGAGCUGAUGGGGUCGGGGACCGAGAGGGCGAGGCGGAAGGCGGCCGCCCUCGGCCGGAUCUGCCGGAGGUGGGCCGCGGCGCAGGAGGCCGACCGGAUGGCCGGAUUUUCCGCCCCGACCAUUACGGCGUCCACCACCACGACGGUGGCGCAAUCUUGAUGUCUCGUUGGUUCUCUUGUACAGCAAUAAUUAGGUACUCUCCCAUCGGACGGAUGUGCUUGGCUCGUCAAGUGUGUAUAUUGGAGUGAUUUUUUUUUCUUCUAAUUUACAAUUUUACUCACAGUUGGAUUGAGAUUGAUUUGUUCGGAAUUGAAAAAUGAAAUAAAGAAAAGAAAAGAAAAGAAAAUUAUUCUUUUCAUUUUUUACCA